UGGACCUCUCUUUCUCUUUGCUCUUCCUCACAUUGGUUAAGUCAAGUUUCACGUAAAAUUCAUCCAAUCCAAUUCUCAUUCUUUUUUUUUUUUUUAAUGAUUCCUUCUUCUCUUCUCUUUUCUUCUCUUCUCUUCCACAAUCAAAACUCAGAUCCGAAUCAUUGAUCCCAUUCCUUUUCCUUCAAAUUCUCUUUUGAUAUAUUCGAACUAAAGAACACACAGUAGCGAACACACUCUAAUCUCUCUCUCUCUCUCUCUCUCUCUUUCUUGCAAAGUCGUAAACUUUCACCAUUAAAAUCACCUUUUCUUGGUGGGUUCUUGCCACUUUGAUCAUUUACUCUGUUUUAGCUUUGGGGGGCACCAAGAAAAAUCCCGAGAAUUGGUGAUUAGUGGUUUAAUCGGAUAGUGGGGGUUUCUAGUAGAUGGAUCAGGUAGUAGUCAUCGGUGGAAAGUUUAAGUUGGGUAGGAAACUCGGUAGUGGAUCCUUUGGCGAACUUUAUUUAGGGAUCAAUAUUCAAACUGGAGAAGAAGUCGCAGUUAAGCUGGAACCUGUGAAGACAAGGCAUCCUCAACUGCAGUAUGAAUCCAAAAUUUAUUUGUUUCUUCAAGGAGGAACUGGUGUUCCCCAUCUCAAAUGGUUUGGAGUCGAGGGUGAAUACAGCUGCAUGGUUAUCGACCUUCUCGGCCCCAGCUUGGAAGAUUUGUUCAACUACUCCAAUCGUAUCUUCUCUUUGAAAUCUGUUUGUAUGCUUGCUGAUCAAUUGAUAUGCAGAGUUGAGUACAUGCAUACCCGGGGUUUUCUUCACCGGGAUAUCAAACCUGACAACUUUUUGAUGGGUCUUGGCCGCAAAGCCAACCAGGUUUAUAUCAUUGAUUAUGGCCUUGCUAAAAAAUACAAGGAUCUUCAGACACAGAAGCAUAUACCAUACAGGGAAAACAAGAAUCUUACAGGAACUGCACGGUAUGCAAGUGUGAAUACGCACCUUGGGAUUGAGCAAAGUAGAAGAGAUGAUCUGGAGUCGCUGGGUUAUGUGUUGAUGUAUUUUCUACGAGGAAGUCUUCCAUGGCAAGGUCUAAGAGGUGGCACCAAGAAGCAAAAGUAUGACAAGAUUAGUGAAAAGAAGAUGCUUACUCCUGCUGAGGUUCUUUGCAAGUCAUAUCCAUCAGAGUUCACCUCGUAUUUCCAUUACUGUCGGUCAUUGAGAUUUGAAGACAAACCAGAUUAUUCAUAUCUCAGAAGACUUUUCAGAGACCUUUUCAUUCGUGAAGGUUACCAGCUCGACUACGUGUUUGAUUGGACAAACUUGAAAUAUCCUCAGACUGGCUCUAGUUCGAGACCAAGGCCAACUCCAAGACCAGCCUUGGACCCCUCAGGAUCACCUGCAGACAGAUCUGAAAAACCUAAAGUGGGAAAGGACCUGAGAGAAAGAUUUACAGGAGCAAUAGAGGCAUUCACCAGACGUAAUGUAUCAAGCCAAGGCGUUCAUGGUGAUCGCUCUAGAUUCAACACAUCUUCUUCUGAUGUCAAAAAAGACAAGCACGAGUCUGAUAAACAUCGUUCUUCAUCUCGAAAUGGAAGUAGAGGUGUGAUGUCAAGCAGCAGACCUGGCUCGUCAGCUGAGCCUAUUGAGAACCGCUCAAGCCGACUAUUUUCAAGUACAACUCAGCGGGUUCAACAGAGCUAUGAAUCCAAGCCAUCAUCUGGAGCUGGACAUGAGGAUGCCAUAAGAAGAUUCGAGCUCCUUACCAUCGGCUCUGGGAAGAAAAGGAAAUGAAGUUAAAAAGGCGAUGGUGGUAGUGAAAAGACAUGUCCAUCAUGCUUCUAGAUUCUCAUCCUCUUGAGAAGAAAAAAACGCAUUGGUUCUUAGAUUUGGAACAAGAUGAGAGAGAAAGAGAUUGAAAGAGAAUAUUGUCUGCCUCUCCCAAUCUCUCAUUGUCUGUGUGUAACUUGUGAUGAGUACUUCAGGUUCUGUUUUCUAAAGCUUCAAUAUAGAAUAAAAUAUAUGAAAACGUAUUGUAAUUUUCAAGCAUUGAUGAAGAUUUUUUUUUUUUAACAAA